AUGGCGACGCCGACGCCGACGCCGACGCCGACACCGACCUUGGCCGACAAGCUGGACAAGAUCAAGUCUCCCGGUCUGCAGAGCCAGCAAAAGACGGUCGUCGUGCUGCAAGCCGUCGAGGCAACGUUGAAGGAGCAAAACACGCCACCCACGGCCACGGCCUAUUUUGCCGCCCUCCUGGCCCUAUUGCAGCAGGCCAACACGGAUGGCGUUGUCAACAUCGAACUGGCCACGCCUGUCGUCUACCUUCUCGAUGUCGUCACCCCGUACGCCUCGCAGCCGCUUCUGCGAUCCAAGUUCACCCAGAUCCUCACUCUGCUUGCGCCCGUCCUUCUCAUGCAGGAUGCCGAGCCGAUUCUCCUCCGGACCUCCAUUGGCUCCCUCGAGUCCCUCCUCCUCGCCCAGGAUGCGCCGUCUUGGGAGCUUUCCGUCGCCCAAAUCGGACCGCGCCGAGCCGUUGCCGGACUGCUCAACCUCUCCCUCGACCACAGGCCAAAGAUCCGGAAGCGCGCACAAGAUGCGCUCAAGCGGGUCCUCAAAAACCCCCCUCCGAGCCCGUCUCUGGACCACCCGGCUGCCGACAUGUGCGCUGGCACCGCGCUGAAAAAUCUUGAGGAUCUCGCGAGCCAGGCGGCCGAAGCACGAAAGGGCAAGAAAUCCGCCGCCACCACGCACGACCCUGCCUUGAUUCACGCUUUGCAGCUGGUCAAGACGGUAGCCACCGCCAGCGGCGGAUGGCCGAGUACAAAGAUCGAGUCACUCUGCGAGUUGCUCCUGGCCAUUGCCAAGACCGGAAAUGAGUACAUGACCAUGGCUGGCUUCGAAAUUUUCGAAAUGAUCUUCGAAGGCAUGUCCGAUGAUGUCUCCUCCGCCAAGCUGCCGCGACUCAUGGAAAUCAUCGCGGAAUUGCGACCCGCCGCCAACGACACGCAGCUUGUGCCUGCCUGGCUUGCCAUCCUUUCCCGAGGCUAUGAUGUCUCCUCCCAGGUUGAGCCCAGUGAAACCUUCCAGAAUCUUCCUGAGCUCUUCGUCAUGGUCGCCCAGUUCCUCGAAUCCCACUCCGAGAACAUUCGCAUCUCGGCCUCCGAGUGCCUCGUGUCGUUCAUGGCCAACUGUAUCCCGCAACAGGUUAUCAUCGAGCCCUCAAUAUACGACGAAAAGGUCCUGGAUAAGAUUUCCAAAACGGCCGAGUCGCUCCUCACUGUCAAGUUUCAGGCCGCGUGGUUGCAGACCUUCAACGUCCUCGGCGCCAUGUUCACCUCCCUGAGAUGGAGGGCCUACCCAAGAAUGCUCAACGUCACGAGGACUAUUGGAGAGAUCCGAGAAAACUCUUCUUUCCACAGCAAAAAGGAGGCCGACGAAGUCAUUGGCCAAGCCGUCCAGGCCAUGGGGCCCGAAGCCGUCCUCUCCGUCCUUCCACUCAACAUCAUCCGACCCGUCAAGGGCCAGCCGGGACGAGCGUGGAUGUUCCCUAUCCUGAGGGACUAUACCAGCAACACUACGUUGGCACAUUUCAAGAAGGAGAUGGUUCCCCUCAGCCAACUCAUGUUUCAGAAGGUUCUUGACCACGGGGAGGCCGACAAGACCAUGGAGAUCAAGAUCUACGAAACCCUCGUCCAGCAGACCUGGUCUAUACUUCCUGGGUACUGCGAUUUGCCUCUCGACUUGCCCGAGGCCUUUGAUCAACCCUUUGCUGAGAUGCUCGCCAACCUCCUCUACCAGCAAGUCGCCUUGAGACUAGAUGUCUGUAGGGCGCUCAAAACUUUGAUCGAAUCGAACCAGGCAAUUGCCACCAUCGGCGAGGACGAGGAAGACUUUUUGCUCCAGAGCAGAGUGUCGCGCGAAUCAGCCAAGAGCAAUCUCGCUACUCUAGCACGGUUUUCCGGCAACCUUCUUGCCGUCCUUUUCAACGUUUACACCCAGACCCUCCCACAGAGCCGAGGCCCUAUCUUGCAGACGAUCAAUGCAUUCCUCAGCAUCACUCCCAACCAGGAGGUCAUUGACACCUUCGACCGCGUGAGCAAGAUGCUUGCGACGGAACUUCAGAAUCGCCCAUCGCCCGAGGAGAAGAGCAAGCAGCAAAAGUCGAAGGACCAUAUGCCGUCAACGGCACAGACGCUCAUGGACCUCGUCAUUACCAUGUCCGCCUAUCUUCCACGCGAAAGCUUCGCCGCCUUGUUUGAGAUUGCGAACGCCGUCAUCUUCAAGCAGGACGAGCCUCAGCUGCAGAAGAAAGCGUAUAAGCUAAUACCACGCCUGUCAGACUCUGACCUUGGCAAGGCCGCCCUUCAGGAAAGAAAUGCUGAACUCCAGCAGCUCUUCCUGUCGAGCGCUGAGAAGGUCUCCGCCCCGGCUCGCCGUGAGCGAUUGGCCGCCAUUCUGUCACUCCUUCCUUUUAUCCCCGACGACUCACUCCAUUUCCUCCCCGCGGUGCUGAGUGAGGUGGUUAUCAGCUGCAAGGAGAACAACGAGCGGACGCGAGAGACGGCGUACGAGCUACUGGUCCAGAUGGGAAACCGGAUGAUCGCUGCCAACGACGCCUUGAUCGACAACAGCAAAGUCUCGCACAUGCCGGAUGAUGCUCCGGCUGCCAAGGCCAACAUUGAGGAGUACCUCACCAUGGUCAGUGCCGGUUUGGCAGGCAGCACACCGCACAUGAUUUCCGCUUCCAUCACAGCUAUUACCCGGCUUUUGUACGAGUUCCGCUCCAAUCUCAGCGAGCAGACGCUCUCGGACCUCGUCCAGACGAUGGACCUCUUUUUGACUUCGAACAACCGGGAAAUCGUCAAGAGCUGCCUUGGCUUCGUCAAGGUGUGCGUCAUCAGCCUGCCAGUCGAUCUGAUGACCCCUCGCUUGCCGACGCUCGUGCCGAACCUUAUUGUCUGGAGCCACGAGCACAAGGGUCACUUCAAGGCCAAGGUCAAGCACAUCCUUGAGAGGAUGGUCCGCCGCUUCGGUUACGACCUCAUUCACAGCCAAUGCCCUGAGGCGGACAAGAAGUUGCUUGUCAACAUACGCAAAACUAAGGAGCGGGCCAAGAAGAAGAAGGACGCCGUCAAGGCAGGCCAAGAUGACGAGAGCGACGCCGAAGACGGCGACCAACACAGGAGACAGUUUGGGAACGAAUAUGACCAGGCGCUCUACAGCAGCGAAUCGGAGGACGAUGCCGGUUCUGACGAUGACGCAGACGUUAAACCCAGGAAGAAGGCGCAAAAAGGUGGUCGGACGUACAUUGUGGAGGACGACGACGAGCCCUUGGACCUUCUCGACAAGAAAGCCUUGGCAAACAUCUCCUCUACCAAACCUGUGAGAAUGCGCAAGCCGACCAAGACGAAGGCCAGAACGGACCUUGACGGCAAGCUCAUCCUCGGCAAAGACAGCGACGACGAGGCUGCCGACGGCGCAAUGGAUGUUGACGCGCCCGAAGGCUCUGGCGUGGGUGCCUAUGUCGCUGCCCUCAAAGGCAAAGACGCCGCCAAGCGUGGCCGCGGCGGCAAGCUCAAAUUUUCGAACCGACGGAGCAAUGAUGAUGACGAGAUGGAGGAUCUGGAUGCCGGGGACGCUACCGCCAUCAAGAGCAAGAUCAGUCCUGGACGAGGAGGAGACCGCGGCAGCAAAUUUCGGGGCCGGGGCGGUGGCGGCCGGGGCGGCGGCCGGGGCGGACGCAGCGGCAAGGGAGGCAUCGCUUCUGGGAGGAGAGGGCUAGGCGUUGAGAAAAAGCAUGGUCCUUCGAUGGGCAGCGGAGUUGGAAAGCCCAAGAGAGGUCGGAGCUAA